GUCACUAGAGUGAUAGAAAUGAUAGCAAGUGAUAUUGUUUUUCUGUCUGAAAAUAGGAUAACAAGUCACCUCUAAUUGAUUUAUCGGUCGUUUCCAAUGUGAAAUUUCUAACAGAACAUAGUAUUUUGAUGGAUUUAUGCACACUGGUAUGCUGACCCGUGUUAAACUAGUUUUCCUGGUGUAAGUGUUAAUGCUAACUGUGUUGAUUUAUUGUGACGAAUUAUGUCCUCGAGUCAUUCCAAAACAUCGAGCAGUGUGAUGAGUGAUCAUAUCGGUUUUUUGGGUGGAAGAAUUCCCACAGAAAUUGAAAUUAUGUCUAAACACUUGAAGGAUUUGGACAAAGAAUCAUUCAGAAAAAUGCUCAAAGUUGUUGUUAAUGGCAUUGAGGGUAAGAACUGCAACGAGGCAAUGAAAUCGAUAGCAGAAAGCAGUGCUCUCUCUGAAGAGAAAUUAAGUCACGUCGUAGCUGGCAUGUAUGUACUCCUGAAGGAAGCAUUACGACUCCCUGUCUCAUCGCUAAAACAGGAGGCCUUCAAAGAAGAUCUGAGGGAGCUAAGGAUAUCUGAGGAUUUCAUCACAGACUUUGCCAGUGUUGUUUUUGGAAACAGACGCACAACACUUGAAACUGCAGCUAUACAGCAAGGUCCAAGAUUGCCAGGUCUAGAGGAGUUCAGAUGGAGGGUGGAUGUAGCCAUCUCAACCAGCUCUUUGGCCCGUGCCUUGCAACCUUCCAUUCUAAUGCAGAUGAAGCUUUCAGAUGGAAAUAUCCAUCGCUUUGAGGUUCCUGUCUCUAAGUUCCAGGAACUGCGCUACAAUGUUGCUCUUAUUUUAAAAGAGAUGAAUGACCUGGAGAAGAGAAGUAUUCUUAAGAUUCAAGACUGAGAAUUGUUCACAAACCACUAUUUCCAGCAGUAGUAGACCAACAUUUUUACCAUAAUUCAAUAUAUUGUUGUACUUCUGGACUUUUCUUACCUGUAAUAAAAGUGA